AUGUUCCGCCGGAGCGAUGAAUUGGUCUCGAAUUAUCAGAUCAAAGGCACUGCCUUGGACUGCUCAAACAACGGUGAAGCCCUCGCCGUAGCCGGGUGAGAUUUUUAAAAUACGCCGAACACUGUUGUCGCUGUCUAAAAUACAUUUUUUAAGCUCGAAAAUGCAUCGUCUUCCAUCUCAUUCCGACUUAUAUUAUCCAUGCUCAAUCUGAUGUCUAAAUCAAUAUAAAUCUCCGGUCUGAACAAGAGAACUCGUCUUGAAAUUGAUGUCCAAGCGAUUUGUCUGGUGUCUUAUUGAAUUUUCAACGGAAAAUUUUUGAAUUUUCAGCGGAUUUAUGGUGAAUUUGGUGAGUCUUCAUGGAAGUGGAGUAGCCCAUCUCAGAGAAAAAUGCCCCUGCGGAAUCGCAAAAAUGGUCCGAUUCCAUCAUAAAUACACCUUCUUCUGUGUCGCGGUAGGAUUUGCAUUUGUUUUGAUGACUUUUAAGAGAGAGAAUUGACGAAAAUUAUAUUAUAGUAGAGGUUGCUUUGAUAUCUUCGAAAAAUCAGAGCUUGUUUUGGAAAAAUUGUUUGUAAAAUACAAAUUGAACUCGUAUUUUACCAUAAUGUUCGAAAAAAGCUUUUUUGAAUUUGAAAAAAUUGAAGAAAUGAGGAUUUUUCACCAAGAGAAACAUUUGACUCAAAUUACCCCUAAAUGGGUCAAGUGUUUCCCUCGUCGGCAAAUGUUGCGGAAAUUACCAGAGUGCGGUAAAAAUGGUAUUCCACGUGCUCUAGCGGUGUAAUCAUCCAUAUAUUAUGGUAAAGUAGCUGAUUUCAGACGCCAAGUUCCCUCGAUUUCUUCCAUGACACCCAGUGUUUCAACCGAAUUUCGCAGAACGGAAAAGUCUCAGACUUUGAUUUCAACGUGCUAAACGAUAACUUGGUGGUGUCGUCGACCACCAAUUCUGUCUCAAUCUUCGAUUUGCGCGAGUCAAGACGGCCAAAAAUUACAAUGUCCACGAUUUUCGGCGCUCAGCAGGCAAAAUUCAGCAAAUUCGACGAAUUCCAAGUGAUUAGUGCGCAUGGUUGUGAUUUGAGGUUCUGGGACAUUCGAGUAAGCAGUUGUUUUUAUGGUUUUUUGAAGUUUUUCGGACAUUUUGAGAGGUUCCUUGAUUUUCAGGGUCUUCGUGGUGGGACCCAAAAUUCUUGUAAUUUUGCGAAUUUCCCUAAUUCAACCUCCAGGCUGCAUUACAGCCAUCAAUUUCAGUGUUUUUUUGUCGUUUUGAAUGAUUUCCCUGAAAUUCAGGGUCUUCGUGGUGUGACCCAAAAAUUGUCGCAAAUAAUGAAAAUAAAAAUAUUUCGUAUUUCAGAACUGCUCAGCGCCCCGACGACAGAUUAUGGCGCAUGAAAAUCGCAUCGUCUCGUUGGUUAUGAACCCCACAAAACCGAAUGUUAUGAUUACCUCGGCGUUGGAGGAUACAUUCAAAGUUUGGAACAGAUACGAUGAAAUUGACACCUCCCAAGUGGUUUUGCUCUCCCACAACAGGGUGGGAAAGGUUAUUUAUUCGGUGAGAUUUGGAUGUUGGAUAGUCAGGGAAAGACUUGACUCAUUUGGGGUGCGUUCGGGUCAUGUUUUUCUCUCAUUGAAAUUGGUCAUGAUUUUGAUUGGAAAUGAAAUUUAAGUCAUUUUUUGCGUUUUCGGCGUAUUUUAAAACAUGUUUAAUUCGAUUUUUGAGAUGCUUUUGAGCUGUUUUGAGCAAAGGGAAGACUUGGCCCAUUUUAUAAUGGGCUGGGUCAAGUGUUUCUCUCUGUGAAAAUUGUUGUGUUGAAUAUAAAAAUCGUUUUUAUGAAUGUAGAAAGGCGGAAGGCGUAUUUUAAAACUUUUCUUUUUUCAAUCAUAAAGCAUACGUUUUAUAUUAUCCAUCUCCAUUUUUAGCCCUCCGGUGACGAAUUUAUUUCAAUGUCGAUCCCGGACACUGUCGGCGACCCGAAUACGGUCAAAAUGUGGAGAGCCCCGACCUUUGAGAACCCGCAGGAGCUUCGCAAAGGCCUCAAAGACACGUAUGCGGACGCUUGUUGGCAUAAAGGAGCAACUGGCCCAUUCAAAUAUUUGUUCACAUUGGGAAGAAAUAGUCGAUUAUUGAGGAACCCAAUCAUUGGAAAUGGAUUGGUAAGAAGUUUGAAGGGAUUUUAAAAUUCGGUGUGGGGGCUUUUUUGUGGAAAAAUUAGAUUUUUUAGAAAAAAAAAAUAAAAAAAUUUCACGAUUUUUUGUUUGAAAAUUUUUGUCCAUAGUAGUAGUAAGGUGUACAAUAUCUUAGCAAAAAAUCAGUUUUUUCCGAGAAGAAUGCGGAAAGUUAUGGACAAAAAAAUUUGGUCCAAAAAUCAUCAUUUUGGGACCGUCUUGCAAAUUUUUUUUUGAAUAACUUAGUCCCUGUUGCCAAGAGGGGAGUCGAAUUUUCAGGGAUUGAAUUGUAGACUAUUGAGAAGAUAUAGGCAAAAUUUGAAGGCAAACGAGCGGUUAUUGUUGUUGCAGUCGCUUUUUUUGAUGAAAAAAUCUGAUUUUUUCUCAAAAAUCCGAUUUUUUCAAAAAAUUUUUUUGCAAGACCUGUUUUUUAUAAUAUAAAAAGAACGUAGAACAUCUGUUUGUCCUUUUUGACACUUUUUUUAAUUUUUAAAAUACGUCAGCCGACAUAAUGUAAUCGUUUUUUCCAGAACAAUGAGCCCAAUGAGAUGCCGGUCCCGAUUGUGCAGUCCGCCGAAGACCGCAAACGCGACAAACAGCUUCUCGGCACCUCCGAAAUGCGACAGAAAGCCCAUUCCACCGACGACGACUCGAUGAGCCACCGCACUCCCAGCUGGACCCUCUUCACGGACGAAUGGAGUGGAUGGGUCAGAGCCCCAAACCAGGACGGCGGAGACUUGCUGAGCGAAUUGGCGGCCUUGAGAAAAGUUGUGGCACUUGGCUUAACUACUAGUGAGGUAAGAGGCAAAUUUUGGAGCGGGAAAUUUGGAAGAAAAUAGCGAUUUUUUGUGGAAAACUGGGAUUUUUUGGUGAUUUUUGAAGGUUGUGACGAAUUUUUUGAUUUUAGAAGGUGAUAGGUGAUUGGAAAUGGAAUUUUAUGGAAGCCAAAGUGUUAUGAAAUUUAUUAGAGGCACUUGUGUUGGCGUUUUUUUUUUUUGAAAAAAUUGAGGUUUUUGACAGUUUUUCGAGGAAAACAUUGCAUUUUUUGAUGAUUUUUGAAUUUUUUUGGAAAUUUGUUGAUUUUUUUGGGUGAUAAGUGAUGGGAAAUAGAAUCUUAUGAAAGGUAGAGAGGUGUGAGAUUUAUUAGAGAUAGCUAUGUCGGCGUUUUGCGGGAAAAAAUUGGGAGUUUUGACAGUUCUUUGUGGAAAAAUAGGAUUUUUUGAUGAUUUUCGAAGUUUUUGGGGAAUUUUCUUGAUUUUUUAGGGUGAUAGUUGAUUGGAAAUGGAAUUUUAUGAAAGCUAAGAUGUUAUGAAAAUAUUAGAGAUACUUAUUUAGGUGUUUUGAGGGAAAAAUUGAGACUUUUGACAGUUUUUUGAGGAAAAAUUGGGAUUUUUGAUGAUUUUUGAUUUUUUUGGGAAAUUUUUUGAUUUUAACGGCAAAAUUAAAUGAGAAAAUCGAUUAUGAUCGACAUUAGACUAGAUUUUUUGACUUUGAAAAGCAAUUAUUUGCAUUUCCAAUAAAAAUAUUACUUAUUUUUCAAAGAAAACUGCAAAAAAAUCAUCUUUUUCUUCAUAAAACCUCAAUAAAAUCAAUUUUCGAACUUCUUACCGCACUCUAUCAACUUUAUUUUCUCUUCAGGUGAAUUUCCAACGAGCUGCGAUCGGCUUCAACUACUCGCAUCGAGGCCGUUGCAAACGAAUCACAAUCGAAAUGCGAUUCCACAAACAAUUCCUGGAGAAUGGCUGGAUUUACAUGGAAGUCGUCCAAAAAGACUCCCCAUUGGACGCGCAAUCCGCCAGACAGUUGCUUCUUCUGAUCCAAGAAGAAAGCCGAAAUCAAACUCAAGCCGGAGGCCAGUCAACUGUCAUGGCCAGAGUGCUGCAAAAUUUACCGGUUUUGGUGGAGAAAUUGGGGGUAAGUUGGGGAAAAUAAAUCUUUGGGAGCUUUUGUUUUUUUUUUGAAGUUUACGGAAUUUUUUUACUGUUUGAAAAAAAAAAUUUUUUUGCACUGCGAAAAAUUUGAAAAUAUUUUCUUGCACUGUGCAAAAAAUUAGAAAGAAAAUUUGCACUGUGCGAAAAGUGCCGCAAAAAUGUACGUUCUACGGGACAAAAUAAAAAAAAAAAUUUCUCUCACUGCACUGUGCGGUAACGAAGAGAAAAUUUUUCUUUGUGCACAGUGCAAGGUUUUUUGCACAGGAAAUAAAAAAAACAUUUUUUUGAUUUUACUUUAUUUUUUUUGACUUCAAAAUAACUUGAUUUUUUCGUUGAAAUUUUUUGAUUUUUUUACGGAAAUUUUUAAUUUUUUUCCCAAUUUUUUGCGAUUUUUUUUUUGUUAAUUUUUUGCAAUUUUUCAAAAAAAAAUUGUCUUCCAGGUCUUCACAGACUCAAUGGACAUCCCUUCCUCCAAGACCACCAUCAACAGUACGGAUUCGUCGAUGACGGAGGACACCGCCAGUCAUACCGUGGAGCCGGCCGACCUGAAUCGAAUGUUUCCCAUAAGUUACGGGCUCACCGCAUACGAUGUUUUGGUCCCAUCGCCGCGGCUGUGCGGCGGACGCUUCAAUUUGAAUGGGAUUUUGUGCACGUUUGGGAAGUUGCUGGUCAUCCCGGUGGAAGGAGUCACCCCCGAAAUAACCUUCCCCAAAUCUACGGAAAAGCCCAAACUGGAGGCGAAAAAAGUCACAAUGAAACGACUGUCCGAGGGCAGGAAUUUGAGCGACAAAUCGAGGCCCAGCCGGAAUCAGGCCACCCCCAAAAUCCCAAGCCUUUUGAGGCCAAAUCCGGAGGGAAAAAUGGUCUAUCCGAAGACAUUGCUGGAGUAUUAUCAGUGCGGUAAGAGGGUUUUGGGACGGAAAAAAGGUGUAGAGCGGGGUAAAUAUACGUUUGGAUGGGUUUGGAGAGGAAAUAAGCAGGUUUUUUGCGAAAAAUCAAGAGAUUUGCCUAGUGUAAUAUAAAAAGGGGUAUUUUUAUAAAAGCGGUAGGGUUUUAUAAUUGAAGAAUUGAAUCUAGUAAAAUACGCGGAGCGAGUCUUUGAACAUUUUUAGAGGGAAAAUUUUUUUUAAAUCCCAAAAUUUGCCUAGUGUAAUAUAAAAAAAGAAAUUGAAAGAGUUCGAUAAAGGUGUUUGUAGACAAUAAAAAAUGCGGACUCAACGUUUUUGACCCCUUUCAGUAACCCCAGAGCAUGUCGGAUAUCUCUAUCAAAUCGCGGAAAGAGCGGCCUCGGCCAGAAGAGUUGGUGGAAUCGCCGAAUCCAGCGAUCGGUUGUCGUUUUCAACGGCCUCUCCGUUGAAUGCAUACAGUCAUAAUUUGGUGGAAACGGCAAGGAGUGGGAAAAGCGGAUCCAAUCGGGUUAUUGGGGUGAGUUUUUUUUAAAUUUUUUUUUUGAUUUUCAUUUUUUUUUAUUUUCUGGUUUAAUAGUUUCUAUGAUUUUUUUAUUUUUUAAAUUUUAUUUUAUUUUUUUCUUGAUUUUUUUCUUUGAUUUUGAUAGUUUUUUCUAGAUUUUCUUAGAAUUUUUUGAUUUAUUUUUUUUUUAUUUUUUCAAAUUUUUUUUAUUUAAUUUUUUUCUUUAUUUUUUUGAUUUUUUUACUUCGUUUUUUUUGAUUUUUAGUAGGUUUAAUUUUUUCAUUUUUUUUUUGAGUUUCUCGAAAACCCCUACAAUAAUAUCCCUUUUUCUCUUCAGUCCUCCCCGGUAUCAUCCCUCGGAAUGCUGGCCCAAAGAAACGCCAGUAUUCACUCGAAUCAAGCGACCUUUUCCACACCCCGCCGAAGAGUCAGCUCAAUGUCGGCGGGCGUCGUAAACGAAGACUCAAAUCCAUUAUUGGAACCGCAAUUUUCGACAAAUGUUUUGGUCAUCGACGGGAGUUUUUAUGAAGGAUUGUCGAAGGAAUUGGCUGCCAAAUAUAAGUAAGGAUUUUUUGAUUUUUUUUUUAUUUUUUUUUUGAAAUUUUUUCUGCGCACAGUGCAAUAAUUUUUUUAAAAAAUUGCCGCACAGUGCGAAAUGAAAAUAAAAUUUUUUUUUAAUUGAUUUGCAAAAAAAAAUUUUUUUUGUUUGAUUUAUCUUAUUUCUCGUAUUUUACCCGGUAUUUCCAGACUUAUUGGCGGAUCGGCCUCCGAAAUUUGCUACGCGAAUCUUUGGGCCGUUGUCAAGGAAUUCCCGGACCGACCCGACCUCAUCAGUCUCUGGCAAAUCCUCUACGAAUUUAUGUGCGCCAGCGAGGAAAAGUAAGGAUUUUCAAAUACGAAUAAUUUUUUUUUUAUUUUUUGCACGGUGCAAACAUAAAUAUUUAGUUUUUGAUUGCACUGUGCAGCGAAAAAGUUUAGACUGCACAGUGCGGAAGAAAAAUUUUUUUGCACAGUGCAAUUGUCGCUGGAUUUUUGAGAUUUUGCACGGUACAGUACUGCACGGUGCAAUAAAGAAUUUUUUGAUUGCACGGUGCAACGAAAAAGCUUAUGUCUUGCACUGUGCGAAAAUAAAUAUUUUGUUUUUGAUUGCACUGUGCAGCGAAAAAGUCUAGGCUGCACGGUGCGGAAGAAAAAUGUUUUUUUGCACAGUGCAGUUGUCGCUGGGUUUUUGAGAUCUCUGCACGGUGCAAAAAAAUUUUUUUUGAUUGCACAGUGCGGCAAAAAAAAGAGUUGUGUUUUGCACUGUGCAAAAAAAAAUAUUUUUUGCACCGUGCAUUGGAAAAUGAGUCUGUAAUGAAAGUUCUGAUUUUUUCAGAGAAAUCCAAGCCUAUCUUCGCAAUGAAAUUGAGACCGAUUUUAUUGGCGCAGAAAUCAUUCCAUUCGACUCUUCACGACUAAAUUUUGUCGAAAACGAACUUUACAAUCGACAUCGUCUUCAGUUGUGCGCUUUGGAAUUCAUGACACCUGACCCGUAUGCCAGCAGAAUUGGCGCUCAUCCGUGUGGAAAGGAUUUUUUGGCAUGGUUGUAAGUUUUUUUGAUUUCUUUUAGAAAAAAAAUUGCACUGUGCAAAAAAUUUCGAAAAAGUUUUGUACUGUGAUUUUUUUUUUCUUUUUAAAAAAUUUUUUUUGGAAUUUCAAUUUUUUCAGUGUUGAAUUUUACUACCAGCGCUACGAUGUGCAAACCGCGGCCAUGAUUACUUGUAUUCUCAACGAAUCCAAUCGAAGAAACGGUCGAUUAAUGCAACUGGAACGACCGGAACGUCCAAAAUCCAAAAGAGGAAACUUUAAUGAGCGGAGUAGCGUGAGUAAAAUACGUCAUGUCUGGUUAUUUGAUUUUCAGGGCCGCCGCUCGUCUCCGGAUGGUCGAGAAAGGGUUUUUCGACGCUUGGAGAAAAUAAAAUAUUUGGCCGCCAAAUUUUGCCCGUUAUUUGUCACUGCGGAUGAGUAAGUUUUUACCAUUUAGUUUUUAUUUUUUAUAUAUUUAGGAGCGUGGGAGAAAUGUGCACAGUGCAAAAAACUUCAUUUUAGAAAUUUUUUUUUGCACGGUGCAAAAAUUUGUCAAAUUGAAAUUUUACCCUUAUUUACUGUGGUUUAAAUUUUGAUCUGUGGUAAUUUAGAGUCGACUAAAAUUUGUGUUAGAAUGGCAUGCUUUGUUUUUUGAAUUUUUUUUUUUUUUGGCACAGUGCGAACAAUUUCUCGAAUCUUCGCACUGUGCGGAAAAUUUCGAAAUUCGAAUUUUUUUCUUGAGGAGUUCGGAGAUAGAUUUCACGCUUGUUUACUCGAUUUUAUGCUAUAUUUUGAGUUUUCAAAUUUAUUGUUUCCGCACAGUGCGAACGAUUUUUUUAAAUUUUGCACUGUGCAAUCGAUUCGAUCGUAAAAGAUUUUCUAAAAUACAUAGAGGAGAAUUUUUUGCAUUUUUUACGAAUUUUCUGCCCAAAAAUAAUAUAUUUUUUCAGUCCCGACCCCAUGGAUCUCGAGACAAUGCGAGAUUAUUUUAUUAGAGACCAUAAACAUCGAACCAUCGCCAAAUCGCAUAUCGAAAGCGAACCGAAAAAGGAGCCGAUCUACGAUUACAAAGAGAAUCGAAGUGCCGACGAACUGAGGAGUUCGUAUGACCCUACUACUGAGAGUAAUGUAGAAGAUAACAAAGAAAAAAAGAGUGAAAUUUUGAGAAUGCCGACGGUCAUGAGGCUGGAAGGGAUGGAAGAAGACGAAAAUGAGAUCGCGUAAGGAAUUCAGAAUUAAGUUAGCUUGAUCUCAAAAAAAUUCAAAGUGGAUUUGACUGGAUAUUUAAUUUUACAUUCGAAUUUUGGCAUUUUUUCUCCAAUUGUUUUAUAUUUCUUCACUGGAAAUAAUUAAAGUGAACGUAUUUUACCUAAAAAUGAUUUUUGUUUGAAUUUCAGCGCUUCGGAAGCGUGGCUGGAAGAGAAGUUCGAUAAAAUACGCCAAGAAUACAGUGUUUUCCUCUGCCGAUGGGGCCUUUUGAACCAACGUACAGAACUGAAUAAAUUCGCGUUGAAGCCGGAAGAGCCGUUGUUAAUUAAACGUAAGUUUUUUGGAGUGAAUAUAAAAAUUCGAAAUUUUUUUGGGUCCCACCACGAAAACCCUCAAUUCAAGGCUAACCCUAAAAAGGGCAAAAAAACAAUGGAUAAAAGAAUUACAAAAGUAAUUCAGCAUAAAAGCGUUUUAUUUUAAUAUAAUUUUUGAGAAAUGUUCGUAUUUUAGAAGUGAUGAAAUGCUCAAAAUGCGAUCGAAUUUGCGAUGAUUCCCCCAUUUGUCCGGAUUGUGAACUGCCCGCUUUGUGGUGCAUCAUUUGCGACGAACCUUGUGAAGGCCAUGUGGCCAUUUGCUCGGUCUGCGGCCACGGGGGACAUCCAACGCAUCUGAACGAAUGGUUCAAGAGUUUUGAUCAGUGUGCUGCACUAUGCGGGUGUCGCUGUAGCUUGUAG